AUGUUAUUCCAGUUCAACACGGCUUGUGACGAAUGGCGACGAUCUCAGAGCGGCUCUAUCCUCACUAUCGGUACUCUAUUCGUGCUGCCAAUUACCGGCUACAUCUCGGACCGCUGGGGCCGCCGCGUCGCCCUCACAUAUAAAACUGUCACCGCCUUCAACACGGGCUGGAUCGGUUUCGUCCGCUCCUUUGUUAACUCCUACGAAUGGUUUCUUGCACUCGAGUUUUUUGAGUCUGCUUUAGGGUCUGGUGCCUACUCAUGUUCUUUUAUAUUAGUCUGGUGGGUUACAAAUAAUCUGGUGUAUUAUGGUAUGUCGAUCAACGCUGUCAAAUUGUCUGGAAACCAGUACCUCAACUAUAUCGUGGUCACAGCUAUUGAAAUCCCUGGAUACUGGACGGUUAUACUUCUGCUUGAUCGCGUUGGAAGGAAGCCGGUGCUCAUCUUCGGCUAUUGGCUCUGCGCUGCUUGCCAGUUUGUAUUCACCUUUAUACCUGAAGGUGCGUAG